CCUUCAACACAGAAAUUCUCAUCCGCCGGGAGUCCUACCUCCACCCUACCUAAACCCCUGAUCACACACCGCCGCCGUUCUGCGGCCUAAAACCCUAAUUCCGCUGCCGCCCCCUCCGCCUCCAACGCCGCCAUCGCCGCCGACGUCGAAGAGGAUCGGAAAUCGACCAUCUCUGCAGGUCGCGGAUCGUGCCCACCAUGAGCUUAAUCGCCGGCUCGUACGAGAAGUUCAUCUGGGGCUUCAAGCUCAAGCCCCUCAAGCACUCCCCCGACGGCCGUGCCCUUACCCUGACCAAGCUCUUCUGCUACCCCUCCCACCUCUCCCCGAUCUCCUCCGCUGCCGCCGCCGGCCCCGUCGCGGCCUCCGGCGCCGGCGACGACACCGUCCACCUCUACGACCUGGCGACGGCCUCCUCCCUCGGCUCCCUCCACCACCACUCUGCCACCGUCACCGCCCUCUGCUUCUACACCCCCCCGCACCUCUCGUUCCCGCGCAACCUCCUCUCCGCCUCCGCGGACGGCUCGGUGUGCAUCUUCGACGCCGAUCCCUUCGUGCACCUGAAGACGGUCGCGGUUCACAAGAAGGGCGGGGUCAACAGCCUCUCCGUGCAUCCAUCGGGGAAGCUGGCGCUGACGGUGGGGAGGGACGAGUGCCUGGCGAUGGUCAACUUGGUGAGGGGGCGGAGGAGCUUCUGUUGCCGGUUGGCGAAGGAGGCGAGCUGGGUGGGGUUCGAUUUGAGCGGAGAGAGGUUCUUCAUGGUUAUGGGGGAUAGAGUCGGGGUUCAUGAAGCCGAGGACGCGAGGUUGGUCUGGGAAAUGGAGAGUGGGAAGAGGGUUCUCUGUGCUGCUCCCGGUGAGAGUGGACUUCUAUACACUGGUGGUGAAGACCGGAGUGUUACAGCAUGGGACACAAAGACUGGGAAGAUUGCCUACCAAAUUGAGGAUGCUCAUUCCACCCGUGUCAAAGGUGUUGUUGUACUCAGUAAGAGCAAUGACACAAGUGGAGACGAUGAUCCAUAUCUAGUGACGUCCGCAUCAUCUGAUGGGGUUAUACGUGUUUGGGAUGUUCGCAUGGCUAUGAAAGAAAAGCCUAUUCCCCUGGCUGAGGUUAACACAAAAUCAAGGCUCACUUGUCUGGCCGGAACAUCUCUUAAGUCUCUAAGAAGGCCGCAGUUAGGAGAAAAGGUUUCUAAGGACGACGCGGUUGCAGAUGGAGCGUCAUAAAGCUGUCUAUGUGGCCUGAGUUAGCUGGCCACUUGAAGUUUUUCUCUCUCAGGUUCGGCAAGGCUGUGUAUCUAUGUUCAAGGGAUGGCGAGGUGGAUUAGAUCUUUAGUUCAACAUUUGAAGGCUCAGAGAAAAAAAUGGCGAGGGCAAAGUAGGCCGGAAAAGCAGUGUUGUGAGCUGAGCCAUUUUCACUUAGGACACUUCUAAUUGCUUGAUAUGACCACUCAAUUUUGACCUAUCUGUUGAUAUAACAUUUGGACGUAAGUUGUAGAGACUCAAUUUCUGCUUAAUUAUAUAUAUAGCUAUUUACCAGCGUUGCUUUAGGGAGAAUGAAAGGACACAGAAUUUGAUAGAGGCCGUGGAAAGGCAGAUAAAUCUUGAGGCUAUGCAUAUGGUCUGUCGAUGAGAUUACUGACUGUGUUGCCUACGAACCAUGUGAGAACUUGAAAUUUUAUCAAUUUCAAGAGAGGGAUGAAUUAGUUGUUUUAUUA